AUGUUGCAUCCGGAUUAUGGUGAAGAAGCAAUGUAUACCUGGAUUGAAAGAUCAUUAGACCAGUCAAUGAAGGAAUUGAAAAAGUUUGCUAUGAAUUUAAAAGCUUCAUCACAAAACAGAUUAGACAAUGGCACAGCAGAAGUGUCAAGACUGCUAGCUAAAUGCUUUGACUUUGAGAAGCUGCUGCUUGGUCUUGAAGGAAUGAGGCGCCCUGACUCUGAAAACCAGAAUGCAAUAUCCUGUAUUAAAGACAAAAGCAGCUAUCUUGCGAUGGGAAGAAAGGAUUUCGAAGUAUGGUUUAGAUAUAUAAUCUCACUUCCACAUGUACAAAAAAAGAAAGAUGAAUUGCAUCAUUACCUUGAUGUGAGCUGUUCAGAUGCCUUGUAUCAUUGUUUUAAAGAAUGCCUUUGCGAGAUGUUUUGGGGUAAUCUUAAUGAGUAUGGUGUAGCAUGCAUGCAAUCGUCUGGAAAAUAUCUCUCAGAAUACUUUGUUUCACUGGAAAGAGAUAAAUCACCUGGAAUACGCCAAACUUUCGUCUUGACUCUUCUUAAUGGAAAGAAAAUUAAAGCUGUAUUAGAUGAAUCAAAGCUCAUUGAAAUGCUAUACACAGUGGAAAGCAUCUAUACUAAACUUGGACCAGAGUUCAUGUUGUCCCUAGACAUCGCAAUGGCGUCGGGCGGCAGUGAAGCAAUAGCUGAAAGUUUUAUGCUAUUAUGGAUACGCAGCGACAGCGAUGCCAUCAGUCUAAUAAGAUCUUGGAGCUAA